CUGGAGAAGGAAUACGCUCACGCUCACGCUCAACGCUGAAUUCGCUGUCAAAUUUUGGAGGUUCGCCGUUCGUCAUCAGUGGGUGUAAACACCAAAAGAAUAAUGCUGCACUGCUUCUCUCCGAUGACGAAGAAUCUCGCUUAGUAUUCCUCUCAGUCGCGUCUUGCAACUUAGAACUCAAACUGAGCGAUGCUUGCACCUGAGGUCGGCUCCACCAAUUCGACGAACAAUGCAUCGGGCUUCGGGGAGCCGCGCAGUGAGAAAUAUCCCCUUAUCCGGCAAAGGGGUUUGUUAUCAAGUUUCCAGGGCAUGUUUGAGACGCCCAACGAGGCAAACACGCUCGGCACCUUCGCUGGGGUCUUCAGCCCGGUCGCAUUGUCCAUGUUCAGCGCGCUCCUCUUCCUCCGAGUUGGAUUCAUCGUUGGAAACGCGGGACUGCUGACGACACUGCUGCAGUUUCUAAUUGCUUACUGUAUUCUGGUGUUCACCGUCGCGUCAGUUUGCGCAGUUUCCACCAAUGGAGCUGUUGAAGGCGGAGGCGCUUAUUUCAUGAUCAGUCGAACGCUGGGCCCCGAGUUUGGAGGCUCGAUUGGAACUUUGUUUUUCGUGGCUAAUAUCGUGAGCAGUGCCCUUUACCUCACUGGUUGCAUUGAAGGCUUCGUGGACAACUUUGCUCCUGGAGGGUAUCUGGUCGGUGCGGAUAGCGUGGGCAUCCCAGAUGGCCGCUGGUGGCGCUUUCUCUACUGCUCGGUGCUCAACCUGUUCAACCUUUGCGUGUGCAUGGUCGGCGCUGGCCUCUUCGCCAAGACCAGCGUCGCAGUUCUGGGCGUCGUCUGUGUUUGCGUCUUUUCCAGCAUCAUCAGCUUUUUGGUCAAGGGCCACGCUGAGAUUGAACUUCCAGACGCAAAUGAACAUUUCCGGAACCAAACGGCCAGUUACACGGGUCUGAACGCGACCACCCUGCAAUCCAACCUGUGGCCGCAGUACGUGCAGGAUUACACAGUACCUGGCGAUGAGAUCACCAACUUUGCCGCCGUGUUUGGUGUGCUCUUCUCUGGCGUCACUGGCAUCAUGGCCGGCGCCAACAUGUCUGGUGAGCUCAGGGAACCUGGAAAGAGCAUCCCAAGAGGCACCCUGUCGGCGGUGUUUUUCACUUUUGUGUGCUACGUGGUCAUCAGUGUGCUCACCGCGGCCACUUGCACGCCUAAACUGCUUCAGAACAACUACAUUUUCAUGCAGCCCAUCAACGUUUGGCCUCCAUUCGUGGUGAUGGGCAUCCUGAUGGCAACCUUUUCCGCCAGUUUGAGCAAUCUCAUCGGAUCCAGCAGAGUUUUGGAGGCGUUGGCCAAGGAUAACGUGUUUGGUUCGUUGUUGAACGUGGUAGUUAAAGGCAACUGGCACAACAACCCUGUGGUGGCGGUCAUUAUUUCCUGGGCAUCAGUGCAGGUGAUCCUGCUGAUCGGCUCGCUCAACUUGAUAGCCCAGAUUAAUUCAGUGCUAUUUCUGCUCUCAUACCUGGCCACUAACCUCGCCUGUCUGGGGCUCGAGCUGGCUUCGGCUCCAAAUUUCAGGCCGUCGUUCAAGUACUUCACGUGGCACACGGCGCUGAUCGGUCUGAUCGGCACGCUGAUCAUGAUGUUCAUAAUCAACCCUGUGUACGCGUCGUGUUCUCUGGCGCUUUGCCUGUUGCUGGUGGUGGCACUGCACCUGUUCUCACCGGCCAAAGCAGCCAACUGGGGCUCCAUCUCGCAGGCGCUUAUCUUCCACCAGGUGCGCAAGUACCUGCUACUGCUCGACUCGCGCAAGGCGCACGUCAAGUUCUGGCGGCCGCAGAUGCUGCUUCUCGUGGGCAGUCCACGCUCCGCCUGUCCGCUCAUCGACUUUGUGAAUGAUCUCAAGAAGUCUGGGCUCUAUGUGCUCGGCCACGUCAAGAUUGGCACUCUGGAGGAGUGCGAGAACGACACCGCCCUCGAGGAGACGCAUCACUGGCUCAGCCUCAUCGACCAUCUCAAGGUGAAAGCGUUUGUUGAACUUACGAUGGCACGGUCAGUGCGUGAAGGAAUGCGGCAUUUGGUGCGCUUGUCUGGUCUUGGCGCUAUGAAGCCCAACACGAUCGUCUUGGGCUUCUAUGAUAGCAGUCAGCCUAGAGAUUUCCUCGCCAGCGCCGAUUCUUCGUACCAGAGUGAAGCGUUCAGGAACAUUGCGUCUCACGGCGCGCCGCUGUUCAACAUGCGCGGCAGCGAGGACAACCGCAUGAUUAGCCCGUCCGAAUACGUGGGUAUAAUCUGUGACACGCUCAAGCUGCAGAAGAACGUGGCGCUGUGCAGGCAUUUUCACUCGCUGGACAAGUCAAGCCUGGCCAGUAGCGCCUACCGCUACAUUGACGUCUGGCCGAUCAACUUCUUCAACCCCUCUGAGGUCGACCCCUUUGACGCCAGCAGCCUCUUCAUGCUCCAGCUUGCCUGCAUCAUCAACAUGACACCGAGCUGGAAGAAACUGAAGCUACGAGUGAUGAUGUGCUCUCCACGGGACAGCAUGGCCUCUGGAUCUCAGGUUGAGGAGGUGCAGAUCGAGCCCGACCUGAACCAGAUGGAAAGGAAGAUGCAGUAUCAGCUGCAGCAGCUUCGCAUCACCGCCCAGCUGCACAAGGUGUCUUGGGAGAUCCCCAGCGAGGCCCAGCAAGGUCCAACGCCGCUCCCCACUGUUCAGCAUAUGCAGGGGAUUAACCACCUGAUUCGGCAGCGUUCGGACAACAGCGCGGCCAUCUUCGUUUACCUGCCGAGUCCCCCAGAGUUAGUACAUGGCGAGAGCGCGGACGCAGAGGCUUAUCUGAACCUGCUGACUGAACUGACGCAGGGCUUGCCGCCAACCGUGCUGGUGCGUGGCGUCAGCGCCGUCAUCUCUACCACCAUUUGACCAGAGCCUACGUUCGAAAGCAUUUCCAGUGUGUAGACCUGACCUGAACAAAUCGGCAAUCGUUUUAUUCUGUGAGAAAAUUCAUGAAAAUUUUUAUGGCAAGACUCUCUGUGAAGAUCAACGUCUCUUUUAUGAGUUUCCAAAUUGUUGUGCACCUCUUGGAUGUUGAAGCGCAGGAUUCGAAUUUGUGUACCACAUUUCCAAAGCAUAAAAAGACUAUGUCUAUCGGUCGGCUGUGUUUUGUUCACUUUGAGACGCUUCACCGACCGAUGCAUCUCCAAUUUUUCCAGACCAUGAGCUUUAAUACGAAUAAUAUGUGUAUUUUAGAGUGAUACUAUAACUUAUAAUAAUUAUUACGUUUGUCUUCGGAAAUUAUAAUUUAUUGGAAAUCCUGAUGCAAUACAUAUUAUAUAGAUCAUAAAUAUAAGUUAAAACACUUCUUUUGGCUUUUUCACUAAAUUUUAUCUCUUCCAUUAAUGCUAUCACUGCGAAAUGUGUAUUUUUGUGUAGCCAUAGUCAAACUCUCAUAUAAUAUACUGAUUAUAAUGCAAGCUUUGCAUCAAUAAAAUAACUAUUUUUCAAAAAUAAA